AUGGCGGGGUUCCUUUUGGGAGAUAAGUUGACAGAGUUGAGGCUGUUUGUGAAUGUAGUUUAUAUCGAAAGAGUUGAAAGUAUCGCUGCGUACGAAAGAAAGAACGAAAACGUAAUACUCCUGAGUCGCGUGAUAAUCGCGUGCUUAUCGCGUGAUCCUGGAACAUUUUACUUGUCAUUAUAUACGCAUAAUUUUUCCCCACGAUUAAAAAAGAAAGAAAGAAAAAACAGACACGUGACUAUCACGAGCUCAUACCCGUACACAAAGACAUUCCAGAUUGUCUUCCUUUUGCAUGUGCUUCUCACGUGCCCACCCUCCCCUCCCCUUUUUUUCCAAUUUAUUUCACCUCUUUCUCACCUACCAUGUGACCAUUUCAGAUAUAUGACAGUACUUCCAGCGUCACACACACACACACACACACACACACACACACACACACACACACACACACCUCCAAGCAUACUCCUCUUCUAA